CUGAAAAGAUCAACGAAGAGAGAAAAAUAUAAAAGUUUUCUCUCUUCUCAAAUCUGCCUGCUUAGAUACCCUUCUAAUAUCCAACGUAAAAACAAUGGUUUAUUGAACCAAAUUUUGUUCAUUGAAAAGGGUUCAGGAGGCAGAUAUUUCUUUUCUUCUAAUAUGUUGUACAUAGAUAUUAAGUUUUUUUAAUGAAAAAGCUAAAAAUUUUGAAUUGCCGUUGAUUCAAUAUUUUAUCUUUAAUUAUUUGGGAUAUUUGAUAAAAUUUGGGGGAAUCUGCAAUGGGUGUUUCGGUUGGUUCCCAGAUAGAAUGUUUCGGUUCUCCAUGGGGUGGUUUAAGGAAUUUGAUGAGAAGAAAACAGGUAGAUUCUGCCCAUUCCAAGCCUUUGGAUCGUCAUAAUUUGGCUAAAGCGCUGACCGUUUCUCAUCUCAUAGCAGUUGGUGUUGGAUCAACAAUUGGAGCUGGAGUUUAUAUUCUUGUCGGAACAGUUGCUAGAGAGCAUACGGGGCCAGCUCUCACCUUUUCCUUUCUAAUUGCUGGAAUUGCCGCCGCACUCUCCGCUUUUUGCUAUGCCGAGCUUGCGAGUCGUUGCCCUUCUGCUGGCAGUGCCUAUCAUUAUUCAUACAUUUGUGUUGGCGAAGGUGUUGCCUGGUUGGUUGGUUGGGCUCUGAUAUUGGAGUAUACAAUUGGUGGAUCUGCUGUUGCUCGUGGCGUUUCGCCUAAUCUGGCUUUGCUUUUUGGAGGUGAAGAUUGUCUACCAUCUUUUCUAGCUCGUCAACAUUUUCCCGGACUUUAUAUUAUGGUGGAUCCAUGUGCUGCAGUUCUAACUCUCGUUGUGACUUUGCUCUUGUGCUGUGGAAUCAAGGAGAGUGCAUUGGCACAAGGCAUUGCCACGGCUGGAAAUGUAUUUGCGAUGCUUUUCGUCAUAAUAGCUGGUGGCUACUUGGGUUUCAAGACUGGAUGGACCGGAUAUGAACUUCCUAAUGGUUAUUUUCCCUUUGGGGUGGAUGGAAUGCUCGCCGGGUCUGCAACAGUCUUCUUUGCUUAUAUUGGUUUUGACACAGUUGCUAGCACUGCGGAGGAGGCGAAGAAUCCCAAACGAGAUUUGCCAUUGGGUAUCGCAUUAUCCCUCGCCAUUUGUUGUGGGUUGUACAUGCUGGUUUCUGUUGUGAUUGUCGGUCUGGUCCCCUAUUAUGCAAUGGAUCCUGACACCCCCAUCUCUUCUGCAUUUGCUGACAAUGGGAUGCAAUGGGCCGCUUAUAUCAUAACCGUUGGAGCUGUUACUUCCCUUAUCUCUACAUUGAUGGGCUCAAUUCUCCCUCAGCCUCGAAUUCUAAUGGCAAUGGCUAGAGAUGGAUUGCUUCCCCUUUUUUCUGAUGUUAACAAAAAAACCCAAGUUCCUGUCAAUAGCACGCUGGCAACUGGUAUAGUUGCUGCUAUCUUGGCAUUCUUCAUGGAUGUUUCACAAUUGGCAGGGAUGGUUAGUGUGGGUACCCUUGUUGCAUUUACGAUGGUAGCAGUUUCUUUGCUGAUACUUAGAUAUGUCCCACCUUAUGAGGUGCCAAUUCCGUCAUCACUUCAGGAUUCGAUUGAGUCUUACAUGCUAGGACGUGAUAGGGAUGCUCAGGCGAUUAGUGGAGAAGACCUGGAGAGGAGUUCUUCCGGAGAUACUUGUCGGCCUUUGCUUGGAGACAAGAAUGUUGCAGUUGAUGUUCCCAUUGUUGAAAAACUAGAAGCUCUAUCCUGUAGAGUACCUGAAAAACUAAGAGUAGGUACCCUCAAUGAAGAGAACCGAAGGAAAAUUGCUGGCUGGACCAUAGUUUUAGUAUGUGUAGCGGCAUUUAUACUUACAUUUGCAGCUUCAAAUCUGUGGCUUUCAAGCCUUCUUCGGUUCACGAUGUGUGGUGCCAGCGGUAUUCUUCUUCUUGGUGGCUUGAUUAUUCUCACCUGCAUUGAUCAAGACAAUGAAAGGCAUAACUUUGGACAUUCAGGAGGUUUCAUAUGCCCUUUUGUUCCUCUGCUGCCAAUUGCCAGCAUUCUGAUCAAUAUCUACCUGCUCAUUAAUUUGGGGGUUGCAACCUGGUUUCGGGUUUCGGUUUGGACGAUGGUAGGGGUUCUGAUUUAUGUAUUCUACGGUCGUAGACACAGUUUGCUGCUAAAUGCGAUCUACGUGCCGAAAGCACACGUGGAUGAAAUCUAUCGCUCCUCCGGGGAGUGUACAUAGUGUAAUCGAACCCCUUGUAUGAAAAAGGGAAACAAAAUGAAGACCACAUUUUGCAGUACUAAUGUUUGUUGGUCAUAGUUCUGGAAAAGAAUCUCAUUGUUAACUUUGUAAAUUUAUUCAUACAGGAUAUGGCCUUAAGCUUG